AUGGCAAUCAAUAUUGAAGGGAAAUGGAUGACCCUUGACAAGCUCAUGUCGAUCAAAUUAGAUGGAUGUAGGAGCUGCCUCUCUCUUCCGACGCUUGAGCACCUACCACAUCUUCAGGAUCUUGAGUUAUGGUUUAUGGACAAGUUGACAUUUUUAAAGAGUUCCGAUGUUACUGGAUCAACGGAGCCUUUGUCUCCAUCGUUGAGAUCGCUCGCACUUUUAGAUAUGAAAAGACUGGAAAAGUGGAUAGAUGGAGCACCCAACAUCUCAAAAAUGAUAUCUCCUGUCCUCCAGAGCUUGUCCAUUUUAGAUUGCCCAAAGAUUAUUAUUUUAGAUGAAUGCCAUCCCCAUCCUCUUGUUUAUUUAGAGAUUGGAUUUUGCACAGGUCUGGUGUCCAUUAAAAGCAUACAAGGCCUCAAAUCUCUUAAAAGUUUAAUGAUCGGCCAUUGUCCUAGUCUUUUAGAAAUAACCAAUUUACCCAACCAGUGUCAUUCUUUGAAGACUUUGCAAAUUAUCCAUUGCGACAAACUGACUUCCUUGCCUCAGAAAAUGUUUGACUGUUUUGCCUGCUUAAACCAUUUGGUACUUGGUCCGUUCUCAAAGGAGCUCAAUUCUUUCCCAAGUCUCCAAGGCAUCGAGAAGUUAAGGGACCACCUUCACUCAUUAAAUUUGAAAGGUUGGGAUCAUUGGGAGUCGAUACCUGAAGAAAUACAACACCUCACCUCACUGUCUUGGUUAGAAAUAGAUGGAUUCGGAAUACAAGAACUGCCCAUGUGGUUAACCAACAUGUCAUCUAUCCGAGAUUUGUGGUUCGAUGACUGCAAGGGGCUAAAUAAAGAAACGGUUAGACGGGGAGCGCCACGGGAAGCAACUGAUGUCACACUAAAUUAUGAAAAGUGUUAA